AUGGCGGCGGCCAGCGGCCGUGCGCUGCGGAGGAGCGCGGCGGGCCUGGGCUGGGCCGUGCGCUCGCUUUGCGGCGGCGGCUGCAGGCGGGCGGCGGCAGAGGAGAGGAAGGGGCCGGUGCGAGCGGAGCAGCUGGCGGAGCGGCUGCGGCAGCAGAGGAGGGAGGAGAAGCAGCGAGAGGUGCCUCGGGACCCCGCACAGAGGCGGGUGCGGGAGCUGGCCAUGCUGAGCUCGGGGCUGCAGCACGUUCACCCCAACGUGCUGGCCAGGAUGCUGAAGCAGGCCGCGGUGUACCAGAACGAGGAGAUCGUGGUGAUCAACAAACCCUACGGGCUGCCGGUGCACGGUGGCCCUGGGAUCAAGAACUGUAUCGCUGAUGUGCUGCCGAUUUUGGCCAAGAUGUUGGAAAACAUGAAAGCUGAACCCCUCCACCUCUGCCAUCGGCUGGACAAGGAGACCACAGGUGUGAUGGUGCUGGCACGGAGCAAAGAGGCAGCGGACAGGAUCCGGCUUCUCUUCAAGACUCGUCAGGUGGAGAAGAUCUACUGGGCAAUCAGCCUGGGGGAGCCAGACCCCACUGAGGGCAUCGUGGACAUCCCCAUUGUGGAGAAGGAGGUGCAGAGCCACCAAUCACACUACAAGAGGACGCUGGCCCCCAGCUACCGCCUGUCUCCAGAGGAUGGGAAGGUGGUGAGAACCCGGAGGAACCGGAGUGCCGAGAGCGCCGUGACGCGGUACCGGCUCCUGGCCAGCUCUGCUGCCUGCUCGCUGCUGGAGCUCCAGCCCAUCACCGGGGUGAAGCACCAGAUCCGGGUUCACCUGGCCUAUGGCUUGGGCUGCCCCAUCCUGGGGGAUCACAAAUAUUCCCACUGGAGCAAGUUGGCACCUCAGAAGCUUCCUAAGGUCACCUUGAAGAGGCUGAAGCUGGAGCAGAGCAAGGCUCGCCACCUCCCGCUCCACCUGCAUGCCCACCGGCUCUCCCUGCCCCUGGGCGAGCAGCUGAACCUCGUCUGCAAACCACCCCCCUUCUUCCAUAAGACUCUGAGGAAACUGGAGCUGGACUUUGCUGAAGAUUAACAGGGCAGGAAGGGAGAGGUGGUGUGGAUCUCCACGUCCCUGGCAUGUAUAGUGCUGUGUCCUGCUGCUUGGCAGCCGUGUCCACCUUGGAGACAGCGGUGAGAUGAAGUCAACAGUCCCUGCUGCUUGCCAGACACCUCUACUGGUACUGGGCUCCAAACCAGGUACCUUUGGGUGCUUCUUGUCCUGACUUGGUGCAGAAAAGCACCUGGGCACACUGAAGAGACACUAGUUUGGUCAAAUGAGGCUGUGUAGAAACUGGGCUUUGUCCAGUCAUGGUUGGAACUUGUCUCUGAGCAAUAAAUGGUCCUGUUGGUGCCGAGGUGAA